AUGUCUCUAGUUAAGCAUAGACUUCAACUUAGUCUCCAGCUUACUGUUCCAGAAGUCAAGAAUUGUAAGCCGAUAAUGAAUGCAACCCAAGAAGUAGCUGAUCUUCUUCAUUUGGAAAAGCUUUGUGUUUUAGGCCAUGGUAACUAUGGCACCGUUUACAAGGUGCGCCACAGGCAAACUUCAGCAAUCUAUGCUCUGAAAAUUAUCCGUGGCGGGGACCCUUCCCAUGAAAUCAAAAUCAUGCAUUCGACGGACUCUCCUUUCAUUAUCGAAUGCCUUGGAACCUAUGAAUCAGUCUCAGGUGAAAAAGCAAUUGUGAUGAAGUAUAUGGAUGCGGGAACACUUGAUACACUUGUUAAAGCAAAUGGUCCUUUCUCCGAAUCCUCAAUUUCCCACAUCGCCUAUCAAGUCCUUAGUGGCCUCAAUUACCUUCAUGCCUUCAGUAUUGUUCAUUUGGAUAUUAAGCCUUCGAAUCUGUUGGUGGAUCAAAGCAUGAAUGUGAAAAUUUGUGAUUUUGGUGUAAGCAAGAUAAUAAGAGAGAAUGAAUCACCGGAGUUUUGGGAUAUCUAUGUGGGUACCUAUGCCUAUAUGAGUCCGGAAAGAUUGGACUCCAAUGGUUACAAUUCUAGGUAUGUAUUUGCUGCUGAUAUUUGGAGCUUGGGUGUAACUUUAUUGGAGUUUUAUGUAGGCCAUUUCCCAUUUCUCCCAACAGGAGAAAAGCCCAACUGGAUGCAGCUAGUGCUGCUUAUGCGCUUUGGAGAUGCUCCAAGCUUGCCCAAAGAAGCAUCGGAGGAUUUCAGGAGCUUUAUCAAUUGCUGCUUGCAAAAGGAACCUAGCAAGAGAUGGACCGCUUCGCAACUUCUUUCACAUCCUUUCAUCUGCAUGAAUUCCAGAUUCCAGGAGUAA